CUGGGGCAUGUGCCUCGGCUGCAGCGGGGGCGCUCGGGCGUCCAAGCCGGCUCCCGUUGGCAGCCUUUGCAGCCCGAUGGCAUGCGCCCCCUCUUGAGCGCCCCCAUGCCCACCCGGGUCUGGCUCCCCGCCCGUGUGCAACACGGCGCCGGCAGCUGAGCUUCGGGACCGCCGCCGCCUCCCCGGCGAGAUGUGCGCCCGCGGAGCGUGGCUGUGGUGGCUGAGCCUCUGCAGCCUGGCCGCCUCGCCCGCUUCACCGGUGCGACUUCAGCCCGGCAUCACACAGAAAUGAAGAAAAAAGAACAGGGGGAACUGCGUGAGCUCAGCGUCACAACAAAAUGCCUCUGUGGAAGAAGUUCUGGGAUGGCACAGAGGCAUGGGAAACAUAGUAAAUGGAUUGCACAGCAAGCCAAAUGUGUGUUCUGAACAAGAACUGGCAAUGGUGACACAUCAGCAGCCUUGUGUUCAAGCCUUCACCCGUUUUGUGAAAACGUGGAAGCAGGGUUGUGGAUCUCAGAGGUGGUGCAUAAGCCAUGAGAGAAGGACAGGCUACUAUACCAUCUAUAAGCAAGUGUACAGUAUGGAACAUCACACCGUCUUCAAAUGUUGUCCUGGCUGGGGCAGGAAAAUGGAUGAUGAAGCUGGAUGCCUGCAUGCUUUGUGCACUGUCGGUACUUGUUUCAAUGGAGGGAAAUGCAGUGGUGGAACAUCUCAAAUGUGCCAAUGUCCAGAGGGAUUUCAGGGCUCACGCUGCCAAUACGAUACGAAUGAAUGUGCUGAUGAGAACGGAGGGUGCCAGGAACAGUGCUGCAAUACAAUUGGUAGCUUCUAUUGCAAAUGUCCAGUGGGCCAAAAACUGGGAGAAGACAAGAAGUCCUGUGAAGAUAUCGACGAAUGCGCAGUAAGGAAUGGAGGCUGCCAGCAGAGUUGCAUUAACACUGUGGGGUCCUAUCACUGUGAUUGUGAGACAGGAUAUCAACUUCAUACCGAUGGACGCACCUGCAUAAGCACUGACCCCUGUGCAAGUGGAAAUGGGGGUUGCUUACACAUCUGCCAAAAUGAAAGUGGACUUGCAAAGUGUGAAUGCUAUCCCGGACAUCGCCUUUCUGCAAAUGGGAAGUCUUGUGCAGAUGUCGAUGAAUGUGCCGAGGGCAUGGCCAGGUGUACUCAUCACUGUGUGAACACCGUAGGGUCUUUCUCCUGCAUUUGCAAUCCUGGCUUUGAGCUCGGGGAGAAUGGAAGGCAAUGUUACCGCAUAGAAAUGGAAAUCGUCAAUAGCUGUGAAGACAACAAUGGUGGUUGUUCUCAUCACUGUGAACAUUCAACCGGCGGGCCUCUGUGUUCUUGUAACCAAGGAUAUGUCUUGGAUUUGGAUGGGAAGUCAUGCAUAGACCUGGACGAAUGUGAGACGGAAGAUGCCUGUUGUUCACAGUUCUGCAUCAACUACGUUGGAGGCUAUGAAUGCCGCUGCAAGGCAGGUUUCCGCCUUAACUCGGAUGGCUGCAAGUGUGAUGAUGUGGAUGAAUGCCUUGCUGACACCCAUGGUUGUGAACAACUCUGCGUUAAUUCCUUGGGUUCUUAUGAAUGUGUGUGUGAGGAGGGGUACCGACUGGGCGUCAACAGACAGUCUUGCAACUCACUAGAUGAGGAGGUAGAAGAGGAACAGCUGGAAGAGGUCCGGAUCCCCUACCUUCACUUCAGAAGGCCUCCUCAGCUCCUUCAUUUCAGUACCUCAUUUGACUCCUUCUACGAGGAUGAGGAACAAGAUGUUCGUGGAGAACUUGCCCUUGAGCGCACAACUAUUUGCCUGGAUAACACAUUUGGCAGUGACUGCAGCUUAAGCUGUUCUGACUGUAUGAACAGAGGGAAAUGCAACAGCGACAACAGCAGCUGCGAUUGCCCACCUGGCUGGACUGGUAUUAUCUGUAAUGCAACCUGCUCAGCGGGGACCUAUGGGCAAGAUUGUAGCAGUGUCUGCAAGUGUCAGAAUGGAGGUUCUUGUGACCCUGCGACAGGAGCGUGUCGUUGCCCACCAGGAAUUAAUGGAAAGUUUUGUGAAGAGGGUUGCCCCAAAGGACUUUUUGGGAAGCAGUGCAAUAAGAAAUGUAAUUGUGCUCACAAUGGGCAUUGCCACAGACUGUAUGGGGCCUGUUUAUGUGACCCUGGGUUGUACGGUCGCUUCUGCCAUCUGACUUGUCCCAAAUGGGUCUUUGGACCAGGAUGCUCAGAAGAAUGCCAGUGCUUAAAACAGAACACUUUGAGUUGCAAUCCGAGGAAUGGCGUUUGCAUCUGUAAACCAGGUUACGAAGGGAGCAAGUGUCAAAAAGCCUGUCCUGCUGGUUACCAUGGAAAAAACUGCUUGCUACAGUGCAGCUGCAAUCGUGAUGCUCCAUGUGACCUUAUCACGGGUGAAUGUGUGUGUCCCCCAGGCUGGAUUGGCCCUGACUGCAAACAACGUUGCCCCACAGGUACAUUUGGCUCGAGCUGUAACUCCAGCUGUCAGUGCCACAAUGGAGCUACCUGUGACCCUGUGAGCGGAGCCUGUGAUUGCAUAGCCGGCUGGACAGGAACCUUUUGUGAGAAAGCUUGUCCAGAUGGCUUUUUCGGGCUCAAGUGUCGGCAGGUGUGUGACUGUGAGAACGCGGCUGCCUGCGAUCACAUCACUGGAAUGUGCCAUUGCCGCCCUGACUGGACGGGACCCAAGUGUGACCGCCCCUGUCAGGAUAAGCGUUACGGACAAGACUGCCAUCAGUUUUGUAACUGUCGGAACGGAGCCGUCUGUAAUCACACAACUGGCGUGUGUAUUUGCACAAAGGGGUGGAGAGGACCACUCUGUCAAGAAGAGUGUGAAGCUGGAAAGUAUGGAGAGGAGUGUCUGCAGAACUGUAGCUGUAGCAAUGGUGGAAUUUGUGACCAUCGUUCAGGGAAAUGCUCUUGUCGUCCAGGGUGGUUUGGAGACCAUUGUGAUACUGCUUGUCUGCCAGGCACAUACGGGGAGCACUGUAACCAAGUAUGUCAGUGUUCUGGCAAGAAUGAGGAGUGCCACCAUGUGACGGGCCGGUGUGGCUGCUUGCCAGGUUACUACGGAAUCCACUGUGACCUCAGAUGUCCAGAAGGUACAUAUGGUCCAUACUGUAGGAGGGCGUGCAAAUGCCUGAAUGGAGGUCAUUGUGAUCCUAUGACAGGAGCUUGCAGCUGUCUUCCUGGAUUCAUUGGAGCUGACUGUGGUAAAACUUGUCCACAGAAUCACCAUGGGAAGGAUUGCACCUCUUUCUGCUCCUGUGGUAAGGGACACUGUGACCCAGUGACUGGCAAGUGCUACUGUCCUCCUGGCCGAAUUGGACCAAGUUGCCUUCACGUGUGUCCCCAGGGACGAUAUGGCCCCUACUGUCAGCUAAAAUGCCUGUGUAAGAAUGGUGGUAUCUGUGAUCCUGUGAAUGGGACAUGUACCUGUGGACUUGGCUGGACUGGAAAAUAUUGUGAGAAAGAAUGUACUCCUGGAAAAUAUGGUUCUGGUUGUCAACUAGAUUGCUCUUGCCAGAAUAAUGGAACCUGUGACAGAUUUACUGGCUGUUGUCAUUGCCCAGAAGGUUAUUAUGGACAUUCCUGUGAACACACCUGCCCUUCUGGAUUUUAUGGUCUCAAAUGCCUAUACCCAUGCCACUGCAAAAAUGGAGCUACCUGUCUUCCAAGCACUGGGCAGUGCCUUUGUCUUCCUGGCUUCCAAGGUGCACAAUGUGAAAAAGGUUGUCCCAUUGGGUGGUUUGGAAAUAAAUGUCAACACCAGUGUGAAUGUGAAGCAUCAGCUCGGUGUGAUCCAGUGACUGGGAAAUGUCUUUGCAUCCCUGGUAGGACUGGGGGCAGAUGUGAAAUUGAAUGCAGGCCAAACAGAUAUGGCCCCAACUGUUCUCAGCAUUGCCAGUGUGCCAAUAAGUCCCAAUGUGAUGCUCGUAAUGGUAGAUGCACUUGUCUCCACAGAUGGAUGGGACCAACUUGUGAAGAAGGUGGCCCUGCAGACCUUCCUUUUUACGAAGAACAAACUCAGAGAUGAGGGAAUGCUUUUUCAAGAUUGCAACAACAGGAACGCUUGGACUAAUGAAUGAACUGUUUUAUAUGCACAGACGGUAUUUAACUUUGGGAAUGAGAGCUGGUAUUCAUUUCAGCUUGAACCGUGCUGAAAAAUUCACACUUCUCGCAAGGCAAUAGUAUCCGUUAAGUAGCUGGAUUCCGCGGAAAACUUUUUUGCAUUCUGUUCUGUUUGUUUAUUCUUGAUCUCCUGCUUCCUUCUGAUUAAUCCAUUCUCGAUAUCCUUUCCAAGUGUCAGUGCGGUAUUAUUACAACCAGAAAAUCCAUCAAUUGUCUCAUCUUCAUCAGCAGUUGGUUUACAGAGAGAUCUGAAGACCAAAAGAAACGGAUGACAAGAGGGAUCUGAUUUGCUUUUGCUUUGCCAGUCGGUUGCCUUUGUAUUUUUCUGUCGACCCAAAACUAUCGAAAUUGUCCCUUAGGGAACAAAAUAAUUUCAGGACAAAAAAAUAGGAAUCGAUUCCAUGGAAUAUUUGGCAGAAGUAAAAUAUUUAUGCCCUAAUCAGUAAGGGAGACAUGUAUGCAGCAGCAGGCUUUCACAGAUGUACCCAGACUCUAUUAAAUUCACUGGCUGAAACUCUUAAAACAGACGAGGAGGCCAUUCCAAGUCCAGAGUUGCUGUGUGAAAAUUAUGGCAUGUGAUUAGAGUUGAGUCAAGAUCUUGUUAGUUAAAAAUGAAAAAAAGUCAACGACACAUUCUGUAAGAGAUAAUUUAUGAGAGGAUGAGGCGUGGUUGAAACGUGGCAAAAUGAGGGCGUAGAAUUCUGAGGAGCUAGAACUCUUUGGACUGUGAGGGAGGGGGGAGAAGUCAUAUUUUCUGUGCUCCUCCCUGAAAGAAAGAACUCCCAACUGAUAAAUAAUUAACAUAACAGGGGCCUAGCCCUUUCACUUAUUUCCAAUUAUUAAUCAUGGUAAAACUUGAAACAUGCCAUGCCUCCCCUGCAUUCAGAAGUAAUGCAGUCCAUUUUACAUCCCAGUCCUGUACCAGUGUGGGAUCACCAGAUUCUGCUGCCAGCAUAGCCCAAGCCAUCUUCUGUUCUAGAAUUCUAUUAUAGUAUUCCACAACACCCAACCAUACUUAUUUCACACAAGAAUGUCUACUGCCUUAUUCUGAGCCCGAUCCCUGGUCUUGCUAUGUCUUUCUUAACAUGUUCAACAUGAAGUCCUUUGACUGGAAAUGCCACUGAAUGGUUCUGUGGUGUUCCGCAUAGUGUAAUGGUUAAGAGCAGGUGGACUCUAUCUGGAGAACCAGGUUUGAUGUGUAUAGUUAUGUUGAAAUCACCUUGUGGGUAGGUAUAGUGGAUGUAAUUGUAUAUGUAAUAAGGCUAUGUGUUUCUGUUUUUAUAGUUUCCCACUGAAAUUUAACAAAUUCAUAGCCGACCUUUGGCCUUCCCGCCUUUAUGACUGUAUGAUUCUUAGCCUCUCUUAGCAUCUUUUUCCAUUUUGUCCAGCACCUAGCCCACCGUUGGUGCUCCAUCCAGUUUGUUUACUACAGUUCGAAGAACAUUAGUCACACUUCUUCCGUUGAAAUAAGUUCAGCUGCACAAUUAUUUAUCUUUAAAUUGGGGUCAAUGCCAUUUUGUCACUUUUUGGUGACAAGAAAAAGGAUUCCAUAAAGGGAGUAUCCAGCUUGAAUUUACAUGCUAUUAUCUAUCUUCUGUUUCACUCCGGAAAUUUCUAGUGUGACCUCCAAACUUGUGAAAUGCAGGUUCUUUCAGUAGGUCACUUGGCUGAUUUAGCAUUUGAGCACAGAUAAUGAUCUCCCCCAAAACAAUGCAGACUUGGUUAUCAGUGGCCCUCUAUAGUGGAACUAGAUGUGAGACACCCUCUGGGGUUGCUACCAGAAGCCCUGCACCCAUUUCCUCUUCUUCUAACUACUAGCAGUCAAGGAAAUGCAUUAUAACAUGAUUGUGUUGUGCACUUCUCCAUCCCUCUCCACAGUAUUGGCUGUUGCUACUUAGGGGUGUGGAAAUGCAUAACACGUCAUCGCAUUGAAUACUUUCCUUGCUGAAUUUUUCAAGAAGAGAAGGAACAGCUCAGUGUGGUCAUUUCUGCAUGAUCCAAAUAUCCUGGGUUGAGCGAGGGAAAUAUCCUGGUCUGGCCCAGAAGUUUGCACGAUUC